AUGCGCAACGAUUCGAGACUGAUAAUUAUCAGUCUCAUCGUUGCUGGAGUUAAACGACCACUUCGAGCGUUGUUGGAUUCGGGUGCAUCCAACAACUUCUUUCGAGCAUCAUGUUUGUCCCUUCUCCCGUCGACAGUUACGGUUCGAGAAGGUCCAGGUGACAUCGUUGUCAAACUUGCUGAUGGACAACCACAGCGUGUCCCGCGUAAAACAGUGGUUUUGCCGUACACGUUCGACGGCUUCCAAAGUAAUGACGAAUUUUUGGUGUACGAGAUGAAUUAUGCAUUCGAUUGCAUCUUGGGGAUACCGUGGCUGUCACGGUAUCAGCCGACGAUAGACUGGCUAUCUCGGUCCGUCAAACGACGAAGCGGUUACGACGUAAGUGAAGUUUUCACUCAUCUGUUGGUAGCGCCAUCCGAUUGGCCUCACGUCAGGGUCGUGAACGAACUCGCCACGACUAGAAGUCAGCACAGAGAUAGCGAUGGCCCUCUGUGUCCGGUAUGUUCAGUCACACUGAUAGAACCACAACACGAGGCGGUCGAACAGAGGUUCCCGCAAACACAGACAUCGGUCGAGCAGGGGCUCCCGAUUCACAACGAGACGGUCGAACAGAGGUUCCCGCACACACAGACAUCGGUCGAGCAGGGGCUCCCGAUUCACAACGAGACGGUCGAACAGGGGUUCCCGCACACACGGACAUCGGUCGAGCAGGGGCUCCCGAUUCACAACGAGGCGGUCGAACAGGGGUUCCCGCACACACGGACUUCGGUCGAGCAGGGGUUCCCGAGCUCUAGCGAGGCGGUCGAGCAGGGGCUCCCGCAUACACACACAACGGCCGAGCAGAGGCUCCCGAUUGUAACCGAGGUGGUCGAGCAGAGGCUCCCACAUACAUCUGAGGCGGUCGACGACGAGCUCCCGCCUCUUAUCGACGAGAAUGAACGGGCUGUGGACUUAAAUGUGAACGACGUGGUGGAGACAGAGCUCCCACGUCUAGCGGGGGUACUUCAUCCUCCAGCGACAGCGACGUUCCAGCCUCGAGCAGUGGCUCAAGACGCAAGAGAAAGCGUAAACGCAAGAAAGGUGCACGCCGAUCACCAAGACGACGAAAUUCUCGCUCAAGCGCCGUUGACGAUGAUACUGUAUUGA